CCCAAGAAAGUUAAAGCACCUAAGGAAGAGGCCACCGUCUCGCUCGGUCCUCAAGUCGCUGAGGGAGAGCUCGUCUGGGGUGUCGCUCACAUCUACGCCUCCUUCAACGACACCUUCGUUCACGUCACCGAUCUUUCCGGAAAGGAGACCAUCUCUCGUGUCACCGGUGGAAUGAAGGUCAAGGCUGAUCGCGACGAGUCGUCCCCUUACGCCGCCAUGUUGGCCGCUCAGGACGUCGCUACCCGUUGCCGUGAGGUUGGCAUCACUGCCCUCCACAUCAAGCUUCGUGCUACCGGCGGCACUGGCACCAAAACCCCUGGUCCCGGUGCUCAGAGCGCUCUCCGUGCUCUUGCUCGCUCCGGCAUGCGCAUCGGAAGGAUCGAGGAUGUGACCCCCGUCCCCACCGACUCUACCCGUCGCAAGGGUGGUCGCCGUGGUCGUCGUCUGUGA